AUGUCUGAUAAAUCCGCAGGAACGCCUCGAGUGUAUAUAUGCCGCCAUGGAGAGACUGAGUGGAGCAAGGUUGGCCAGCACACCGGAAAAACAGACAUCGAGCUCACGGCGCGGGGCGUGCAGCAAAUCCAGGCAUCAGGGAGGAUGCUCAUCGGACCCAACAAGUUGAUAGAGAUCUCUAAGGUUGCGCAUGUCUACAUAAGUCCCCGCAAAAGGGCAUACCAGACAUUUGAACUGGCUAUCACGGAAGCUGAUAGGAAUGCAUUGGCCGGGAAUGGUCGAAUUUCAAGGACCGAGAGGCUGGCAGAGUGGGAUUAUGGUGACUACGAGGGCCUAGUUUCGGCUGAUAUACAAAGGAUGAGAAAGGAGCGAGGAUUGGACAAGGAGAGGAACUGGAAUAUCUGGCAAGACGGAUGUGAAGGAGGAGAGUCACCCGAGCAGGUAUCGGAAAGGGUUGACAGCUUGAUCGAAGAGAUCCGUGGCAUUCAGGGUCCGAAUAUCAAUGGAGAGAAAGCUUGCAAUAUAAUCUUGUUUGCACACGGCCAUCUUCUGCGUGCAUUUGUUAAGAGAUGGCUGAACAUUCCUAUCGGUUUUCCUUUGCGUAUGAUGCUCGAAGCUGGCGGUAUUGGUGUCCUCAGCUAUGACCAUCAUGAUAUCAACCAGCCCGCCAUUCUUGUUGGCAUAGGCCUCCCAUCCCCUCCAGUUUAG